GCCUCUUCGACACUCAACAGCAUGAUUAUACGGACGUUCGCGGCUCUCGCCGGCACUGCUGUCGCUUUGCAGCCAUUACCGCCAGUACAAUGGACGAACGCCAAUACCUUCUCGAACGGCUUUAGUGGAUUCGCGACCCGAAAUUCGUCCAAGAUAAUAUACAUCGAUGGCGCGUGGGCAGAUACUGCAGACAGCGAAGGCCUGACGCUCAUACCCCCGACCGCAUUCCAGUUUGCGGAAACAUUCCGACAAGAUCUCUCCAAUUGGACGACCGCGAACUGGACGCUUCAGCGAGUCGACCAAUUCCCAGACAACGUGCAGGGUAUCUUCCUCGGGCCAUUCCGAGGAUCAGAAGAUGAGAUCACCUACGAAAACGGCAAGACAACGGAAGAGGGCUAUGAGAUCGAAAUCACGAAUCGUACUGUUUACAUCGGCGGGACGGGGGCCCGUGGCAUGUUUUGGGGUACAAGGACGCUACUGCAGCAAGCAAUGAUCGCCAAUGGGUCUUCUCUGCCUGCAGGUCGCACAGUCGAUGCGCCUGCAUAUGCCACGCGAGGGUACAUGCUCGACGCGGGCCGCAAAUGGUACGCGCCUGAGUUUCUGAAGGAGUUGUGUACAUACGCAUCCUUCUUCAAGAUCUCAGAAUUCCACUACCACAGCAGUGAUAACGCGCCUCUGAACAGAGGUCUCAACGAGACAUGGAACAAGGUCUUCUCGCACUUCUCACUCUACCCAGAACAGAACACAGAGCUACAGGGCAUCAUCGAGCGCAAGAAUGAGACGCUAUCGCGAGCGCAAUUCGAAGAUUUCCAGAACCACUGCGCACAACGUGGCGUGACGGUCAUACCGGAGAUCGAAGCACCAGGACACGCUCUUGCCAUCACCAAAUGGAAGCCAGAGCUCGCCCUUGCCAAGAAGGAUCUCUUGAACCUGACACACCCGGAUGCGAUACCGACCGUAAAGGCGAUUUGGAGCGAGUUCCUGCCAUGGUUCCAGACAAAAGAGGUGCAUAUUGGUGCUGAUGAGUACGACCCUGAGCUCGCCGACGAUUACAUCAACUUUGUGAACGAGAUGUCGGAGUUUGUGAACUCGACGGCUGGAAAACGAAUCAGAAUCUGGGGCACUCAUGAGCCUUCCGAGAACCUAACCAUCUCCAAAGAUAUCAUCAUUCAGCACUGGCAAUACGGGCAAUCUGACCCCAUUCAGCUGCAGAAUGAUGGCUACGGUCUCAUCAACUCCGAGGACUGGUGGGCGUACAUGAGCUUGAAAAACGACCACACACCCAUUCUUCCCGCGCCAUACCCGCAGUUCUACAACACCAGCCGGACCCUGAACUUCGCGGACGUGCCUGGCUGGCAGUGGGAUCCGUCCAUCUUCAACCCCGUCAACACAUCGGACCAGCUCGGCCCCGACGCCAGCGGCAACAAGGGUGCCAUCCUCGCUGCCUGGAACGAUAACGGACCCGAUGCGACUACGCAACUGGAAGCAUACUACGCCAUGCGCGAGGGCAUCCCCGUCAUGGCAGCGCGAGCCUGGACUGGCCGACGAGGCCUAAACAUCACAACGCAAGACACCAACGCAACAAUCGACUUCCUCGCCUCACGCGCGCCCGGCCAAAACCUCGACCGCCGCCCCGCCUCCCUACUAACCUCCCAAUCCACCCGCCCAAUCAUCUCCUGGAACCAGCGCGACGGCCAAAUGGCCCAGACCUUCAGCAAAGGCUCCUUCGGCCCCCCGUACACCCUCAGCCUAAACGCCACCUCGCCCUUCUCGCUCACGGGCCCGGACACCUCCCUCGCGCUCACCACCACCACCGACGCCACCAACACCUCCCUGACGACCCUUGUCUUCACCACCGCAGACGGCUUCCCCUACCCCCUCCGCAACGUGUCCUACGCCGACUACGACCCCGGCCACCCCGGCCGCAUCUGGGCCAACCAGUCGACCUCGCCGCACAGCCCCGUCCCGCUCACGCUGCCCGUGCGCCUGCGCAUCGAAACAGACAUCUACAACGGGAGUCGGGUGUGGGUCAACGAGGCGUUCGCGGGGCGCUUCGAGGUGUUUGUGUACGGCGGGCGCAACACGGUGUUUAGCUGGAGCCAGAUGGCGUUUGUGGCGCCGCUGGACAGCGUGGAUGGUGGGGUGGACGGGGUGCGGGUUGAGCGCGGGGUGGGGUUGUAUAAUGUGACGGCUGGGAAUGGAAGUUAUGGGGCGCCGACGGAGAAGCCGGAGCCGAAUGCGGCGGGGAGGAGGGGGACUGAGGGGGUUUUGUAUUUUAUUGUUGGGGCUGUUGCGAUGUGGUUGUUUAUUUGAGCGUGUUUGGAUGUGAUACCUCGUUUGUAAUUAGAAAAGCUAUGACUUUCUUCAGAUGGAUGGUUGCAAGACUUGUACCUUGUCACAAACAGUUGAGACCCGAGCUGCUCGGUAGAUCAUCCUGCUGAAGUGCAACUUUCGUCGAGUUUGCAGAGCUUGGGGCGAGCCAAUGAUGUCGAUCGGGAAG